AUGCCCGACUCACCUAGAAUAAAAGCCGUUUUCUUCGACUUCAUGGGAACCUGCCUCGACUGGCACUCCAGUGUCAUAAAAUCAAUGCCUACCUCAAUAUCUGCCGAAGAGGCAUCCAAGCUCGCUCUGAAUUGGCGCAGAUUAUACUUCCUCGAGAACGAGGGGCGAUUUCGUCAAAAUCUCGCCCCAGAAGAUAUUGACCUGACAUUGGCACGGGUUUUAGAAACUGCCCUUUUACAAGCGCCUGGUCAACCUAGUUUCAACGCUGACGAGAAAAAACAACUAGUCCAAGCCUGGCAUGCCCAACCAGCUUGGCCCGAGGUUCCAGAGGCAAUUCAAAGCCUUCGAGAUCGUCUAGGUCUUGAGGUUUUCGUCCAUGCAAACGGCACAACUCGCCUCCAGCUAGAUCUGACUCGCUCAUCGGGAUUGAAAUUCAAUAUGCUAUUCUCCAGUAAGCUACUUGGUUUAUAUAAGCCAAAUCUUGAAGCAUAUCGGAAAGCGUUGGAACUUGUCCAGCGCACUCCGGAGGAGGUGGUAAUGGUCGCAGCACAUGCGUAUGAUUUGCGCGCUGCAAAGGCAAUUGGAAUGAAAACAGUUUACAUUCAUAGGUGGACUGAUGACAUUAAUGAAGAUAUGGAGAAGGUUCGGGGUGAAUUCGAUGUAUUCUUAGAGGAUAUGGAAAAGCUGCCGUCUGUGAUUGAGAGUAUGUGA